GCGAACUCGCAGCACUGCCUGCAGUUCCGAUUCAACUGCCAGCACGAUAAGACGUAUCUGAACAAGUUUAGACCAGUUAUUUUUGAAAGUCUCUUUGGAACUUGCCGAAGUCUUAUUCAUUCAUACCUAACAUUGUAAAUGGUGAAAGGUCAUAAAGAAUAAGGAUUGUAUACCAAUUCGGAAGGAAGGAAGGAAGGAAGGAAAGAAGGAAGGAAGGAAGGAAGGAAGGAAGGAAGGUCUACUCUGCCUAUUUCGUCCAGUUCUUUGUAAACAUUGGAGAGGAGAGUUGCUGAAUUUGUGGCUUUAACAAAUUUGGCGAAGAACUCAAGGAAUUUUUAUAUUUACUUGAGUAGUAAUUGAUUAUUCAUAUAAAAUAUGGCUCAUUAUAAAGGAGCAGCCAGUGAAGCUGGCCGAGCCAUGCAGCUUAUGAAGAAAAGGGAAAUUGCGCAGCAGGAGAUAGAGCUGCGUAAGAAGAAAAUUGAAGAUGACUUGAAGAUUCAUAAUAUUGAGAAUAAGUUUGCGACUCAUUAUAAUGCUGUUGAACAGCAGUUGAAAACUUCCACAAUUGGUCUAGUUACAUUGAAUGAAAUGAAGGCCAAGCAGGAAAAUAUAGUAAAAGAACGUGAAAGGAAACUUGCUCAGAAGGAACGAGAAAAAGAGCAGGAAAAGGAAAGAGCACUAGCUGCUAAACAAGCAGAGAAGAACAAACAAAAACGACAGAUCCAAGCCUUGUCUUUUAAUUUGGACGAUGAUGAGGAGGUUGAGAUUUCUGAUGAUGAAGUCAUAGAAACCUCUGUGAAACCCAAAAACAAGCGUAAACAUGUGGCCAAAAAGAUCAAGAAGAAUCCAGAUGUGGAUACGAGUUUCCUACCAGACAGAGAAAGGGAGGAGGAAGAAAAUAGACUUAGAGAAGAAUUGAGACAAGAAUGGGCACGGAAGCAGAAUGCGUUAAAGGAGGAGGAAAUUGAAAUCACAUUCAGCUACUGGGAUGGAUCUGGCCAUCGUCGAAGUGUUAUAAUGAAGAAGGGUAAUUCUAUUUAUCAACUUCUUCAGAGAUGUUUGGAAGUGCUGAGACGCGAAUUUAGCGAACUUAAAACAGUGAUGGCAGAUCAAUUGAUGUAUGUUAAAGAAGAUCUUAUACUGCCGCAUCAUUAUACAUUUUACGAUUUUAUCGUAACUAAGGCACGAGGAAAGAGUGGACCUCUAUUCACAUUCGACGUUCACGAUGAUAUUCGAGUUAUGCAUGACGCUUCCGUUGAAACAGAAGAAUCACAUGCUGGAAAAGUUUUACUUAGAUCUUGGUACGAGAGAAACAAACACAUCUUCCCAGCGAGUAGAUGGGAACCUUUCGAUCCAACGAAGAGUUACGACAAGUAUACAGUAUCUGAUAAAAAUAGGAAGAAAGACAAAAUCUGAUAGACCUGAACGCGUAUUGUCCGGUUCAAAAUGGGAAUAAUAGGAACAAGAAAUAUUAUUUUGUAUUGAGACUGAAACUACUGUAAUAUAUCAAUUUUAUGACAAUGUUCAUACUUUGAUUUUAAAGUAUAAAUGAUAUUGUAAUAUACUUGUAUAUAUUUAUUUGUUUUAGCGCAAAUAUAUCUAUUAAUUAUUA